UCCUUCGCUCGUUUCUCAUGCAGGCUAAACAUGGCUGCGCUCUUAAGAUCAGCCCGGCUCCUGAAAUCUUCACAUACUUCACUGCUUCAGGUCAUAGGGAGCAGCAGACAUGGACCGGCGGCUGGUCGCCUGUACAGCGGAGCGGUCGGGACUAAAUGUGUAGGGUCUUGUGGCCGUCAGACAGUUUCGGGACGGUUUAAUGUAAACAGUCUGUUCUCAUACAGAUCAGCCUUGCCCUGUGCGAGCUGGCGUCAGUAUGGUGUUGUCCCCGAACAGAGGGGACCGGUGAAGGAUGAACCCAGUCUGGCAGUCCGUUCCAAGCAGGCUCAGCAGUUUGACUGGGCUCUGGCAAAACUAGACAGCUCAGUCAGAAGGACAGGCAGGGUCACCAAAACACUGCUUCUGCGCAUCUUCCACGACAUUUGCAGAACAGGAUAUCCUAGUGGAAAUCAAGCUCUGUUGUUGUUGAGAAGCUGUGGUUCUCUGCUGCCUGAGGUUCCUCUUGCUGAGCGCACAGAGCUGGCUCAACGUAUCUGGGAUAAGCUUCAAGAACUUGGUGCUCCCUAUGAUGUGAGCCAUUACAAUGCUCUGCUCAAAACGUACUUGCAGAAUGAGUUCAAAUUCUCUCCAACUGGUUUUCUUGCAAAAAUGGAAGCAACGAAUGUUCAACCAAACCGGGUAACCUAUCAGAGAUUAAUUGCAGCAUACUGUCAACAUGGUGACAUUGAAGGUGCAAGUACAAUCCUGGGCUUUAUGAAAAGCAAAGACCUGCCAAUCACAGAGGCUGUCUUCAACUCCCUAGUGACAGGCCAUGCACGAGCAGGGGACAUGGACAGCUCCGAGAGCAUCCUGACAGUCAUGAAAGGGGCGGGGAUUGAGCCCGGCCCAGACACAUACCUGUCUCUUCUCAAUGUCUAUGCUGAGAAAGGCGAUAUUGACAAAAUUAAAGAGACUCUAGUGACAGUGGAGAAUGCUGACAUCCAUCUGAUGGACAGAGAUUUAAUGCAGGUGGUUUUCAGUCUAACUAAGGCCGGCCAUCAGCAGUACAUGCCUGAGAUUGUGGAACGUAUGCGUCAUGAGAGGGGAUAUGUGCCAGAUGCAAUGAACCUCUGUCUGAGUCUGAUCACCCAGGGGCAUGAGGACACUGCGUUUUCUAUGCUGAAAAGCUUCACAGGCCUGCAGGUAGAGUCACAGAACAGUGAUUCUCCAGACUUGGGAAACUUCUUUCUCCGGCACUGCAUCAAUAUGGACAAGUCAGUGGAAAAGAUGGCUAGAUUUUGCAAUGAUCUGAAAGAUUCUGGUCUGCACUCUACACCUCUGCAGUUCACUCUUCAGUGUGCCCUAGAAGCCAAGAAGACUGGUAUGUCUGUUGAGCUCAUGAAGAAGAUGAAAGAAGGGGGUUUGCCUGUCAGACCUCAUUACUUCUGGCCUCUGUUUACACAUCACCAAAAAGACAAAAACAUUACUGGUAUUCUGGAAGUUCUGAGAGGCAUGCAGGAGCUGGACGUCUCCGCAGAUGUCGAUACUUUCACUACAUAUACCCUGCCCUCAUUUGGGUCAGUAGACAGCGCUCGCGCUACUCUCAAGGAGGCCGGCUUUGAUGUGGAGGCCGAUAGCUUCGUUGUGGCGGAGUUGCGAAUGGAAGCAUCACGUGGAAAUUUUGAAGGGCUGCUCUCUCUGAUGUCCUCGCCGACCCUCCCAGCCAUUGACCUCAGUGCAUUCAGAGCUAGUCUACUCCAUGGGUUCAGAGGGUUUCAGGAUGUGGAACGUAUGGCAAAGAUAACAGACCUUCUUUAUAAAGACAGUCGGUUCAAUCGGGUUGACCCUGAAAGUUCUGAAAAUGUGCCCUACUUUUUAUACAACCUGAUUGAUGCCAUGAGUGAGACAGAGGUGCAGUCCAAAGAAGAGAAGCUUAGGGAGUACUUCGGCCUGCUCAAGAACAUGAAUAUCACCAUAUCUCUGAAUAUCUUCCGAGGAAUCCGAAACAUUCUGGAGUCCUAUCAUGUUCCAGAGCUUAUCAAGGAUGUGCUUGCGGUCGUGGACAAAAAAGAAAACGGAAUGGUGUCUGAUGCAUCUCUGUUUAAAGGUGUGGAGGGGAGAAUGUCCUUUCUGGAAAAGACUCUGGCUGAGUUAAAAGCUGAGGGAAAGCCUGCUGAUUCUGUCCUUAAGAGGAUCAUUGGUAUCCUGUGUAUGGAGGAGAAACUGGAUCAAGCUCUAGAGCUCAAAGCUCAGUAUGAAACGGAUAUGACUCCUGCCGCGUACGCCAUGCUCAUCAACCUGUGCUGUCGCCAUGACAAUGCUGAGGAAGCUCUAAACCUUAAGAGAGAGUUAGCUCGCAAGGACUCUGAGGUGUCAUUGGAUGCUCAGAAGUACGCAGCCCUGGUUCGAGUGCUGUCUAAGAACGGCAAGCUGGAAGAGGCCGUGGACAUGCUGAAGGAGAUGAAGGAGAAGGAUGUGCAGCUGAGGGACGGCACGAUCAAUCUGCUCUCUCUCGCGAUGAACACCGCUGCCAUGAAAGGAGAUACAAAUACUGUCCGACGCCUCCAGGAGACCAUCUUCUCCCUAGGCCUGGCUAAACCAUCCAAUAACCUCUGUGCACCCCUCAUCACAUGCUACCUCGAGAGCGGGGACUAUGCAGGUGCGUUCAACGCUGCAGUGGAGUGCAAUAAACAGUACAAUCAGAUGCCCAAAAUUCAUGACCUCAUCUGUGGCCUGGUGGAAAAGGGAGAUGCUGAGCUGUUGCAGAAAGUGAUGGAGUUUUUGAGCCAGGAGCGAGGCGAUAUGAUGAUGCUCUACGACCUUUACUUUGCGUUCCUUCAGACGGGCCGCUACAAGGAGGCUCGCAAAAUCAUUGAGACUCCUGGUCUAAGGGCACGAUCAACCCGUCUGCAGUGGUUUGCAGAGAAAUGUAUCUCAGCCCAACAGAUGGAGCCCCUUGAGAACAUGGUGGACAUGACUGUCAAGCUGUUCGAGUGUGACAGAGAUGAUAUGUACCAUUACUUGUUCCGUCUGUGCAAGGAAACCAAUGACUGGCGCAAGGCAGACGCAGCCUGGACUAAAAUGCAAGAGGAGAAUUUGAUUCCCAGAGAGAGGACUCUGCGUUUGCUCGCUGAUAUCCUCAAAAGCAAUAAUCAGGAGGUGCCCUUCGAGGUGCCUGAGUUGUGGUUUGAAGAGGUCAAAGGUCAGCCUGAGAUGCUCUUGGAGCAAGAGGUCAAAUCCAGCCCCCUGGCUCGCAAGAAAGCCACCACCUUUUCCACUAAAGAAACCACUGCUGAUGACUACAGACUCAAACUUCUGUCUCUCUGUAAGAGGGGGAAAGUUCAAGAGGCCUAUAGUAUUCUGAAGGAGGCGGAUAGCAGGGGCGUUGUACUCGGGGCCGCUCCAUACGACGCUCUCAUCAAAGCCCUCCUGGCCUCUGGAAACAUUGAGGAUGCAAUUUCUGUCAAAGACAUUGCCACCAAUCGUAUCGUUGAAUUUAAAUUAAGUGACAUGGCCAACAACCUCCUCAUCGUCACUCAUGUCAAGAGAUCCCAGAUGAAAGACGCUUUAGAGACUUUUCAGGGAAUGUUACAGGCUGAUCAGGUGCCCAGUCAGUUGGCUAUCACUCGUCUGGUCCAGGGUCUCGGCAGCGAGGGAAACACACAGGGUAUCCAGGAAAUGGAAGCUCUGGUUAAAACAAUAGGCUCCAUCAAGCUGUCCAGCAUGUUGUUUGUCAACAAUACAGCUUUAUCUCACAUCAAAAAUGGAGAUAUUGACAGUGCUGUGGAGUUACUAGAGUCUGUUUACACCCAGAACACCGAAAACGUUCAGAAUCCAAGUAUUUCCUUCGUCUUCCGCAAAGUUCUAGAUGCCAACAACGAAGCUGCGCUGGAUAAAUUGAGUGCCAUGGCCGAGAGGCUCUGCAAUCACUUUGCCUCCUACAGAGCUGCCACAGAUCUCUUCCUCAUGUACUUGGACACGGGCAGGUCCGAGGAGGCAAAGUUUCUCGUGCAGCGCUGUGCUGCCAUUGCCGAACAGAAGGACACCAUGUUCACAUACAUGCUACGGGCAUCUCAGCAUCCAGGACAGGCUGCUAAGAUCAAAACUCUGUCAGAGUUGAUUCCUGACUUCACAGAAAAAGAAAACGUCUAUUCAUAUCUGGUGAAGUGCUAUGGUUUGGAUAAGGACCUGAAGUCGGCGAAGGCUGUGUAUGAGCAGAUGCAGGCGGAGGGGAUAAAAGCGGAUGAAUUAACCCUUAAGAGACUGGCUUUACUGUACAGAGAAGCUGGAGAAGCCAUUCCCUUCCAGGAGCCUUCGGAGUCAUUUAGGUUCUAUGCUGAUAAACUGAAGCAACAGCAUUUUGAAUCAGCGACGCCUGCAGAUGACUAGACAACCUUUUCUUUUCUUUUCCUCCAUUAACCUUUUUUAUAUAUGAAACGGAUGUGCAUCGGUUCUGUGUUAUACUGUGAUUGUUUGUCUGCUCGAUUUUGUUUCCUGCCCUUAAUAAUAAUUUCAUGAUGUUGUGGUUAACAUGAUAUUGUGUACAUAGGUAUUUAUGCAAAUAAAUGUAAACAAACACUUUCAUUGUUUUUUAAUUGUUCUAAAUGGAUAUGUGUAUUUCUGCAAGAUGGCUUAUGCAUUUUAUAGGUAGGAUCAAAUAUGCAGAUUAUUACAAAACUAGACAUACUCCAUUAUGGACAGUAAUGUACAGUAUGCUGUACAAUAAUAUUAUAUUCAUGGAUCAAUGACUUGCAUCCAUCGCUCCACUUUCUUUUUAAACAUUUUCAGUAGAUUUAUCAGGAUUUAGCACAAGUGCAAAACUUGCAUUAUCUUGCUUUUCACGUACAAAUGCACUUCUGGUGUGAUUUACAAAACCUUUCCAAGGCUUUGGGAUAAACCCUAUUGGCACACCCUUUGAUAAGCUGUAAAAUCUGCAUGUAUCUUAAUAAACGAAUAUUUG